AUGGCGACGCCCUCGGCCGUGGGCGCCGCGUGCCUCGUCCUCGCGCGGGCCGCCGGGCCGGGCCGCGGCGAUCGGGCGCGCCCGCGGCGGCUCCAGCGCGUGGUGCGCCGGCGGUGCGUCGCGGAGCUGAGCAGGGAGGGCCCCGCGCCGCGCCCGCUGCCACCCGCGCUGCUGGCGCCCCGCUCGUGCCCGGCAUCCUCGCGCCGCCGCCCGAGCCCACGGGUGAGCCGGCGUCGACGCAGCCACCAGUGCCCGACGCCGGCCUGGGGGACCUCGGCCUCGAACCUGAAGGGCCAUAUGCACCUUGUCACUGUCAGUCCCAUGGUACCGUCUUGUGCUUUGCCGUUCACUGGACUACAGUUCCAGUUUUGGAUUGCUGAGGGUUCCAUCGACGACACAGUAGUUGUGGCAAGUGAGCAAGAUUCUGAGAUCGUGGUCGGAAAGGAGCAAGCUCGAGCUAAAGUAACACAAAGCAUUGUCUUUGUAACUGGCGAAGCUUCUCCUUAUGCAAAGUCUGGGGGUCUAGGAGAUGUUUGUGGUUCAUUGCCAGUUGCUCUUGCUGCUCGUGGUCACCGUGUGAUGGUUGUAAUGCCCAGAUAUUUAAAUGGUACCUCUGAUAAGAAUUACGCAAAUGCAUUUUACACAGAAAAGCACAUUCGGAUUUCAUGCUUUGGUGGUGAACAUGAAGUUACCUUUUUCCAUGAGUACAGAGAUUCAGUUGACUGGGUGUUUGUUGAUCAUCCCUCAUAUCACAGACCUGGAAAUUUAUAUGGAGACAAGUUUGGUGCUUUUGGUGAUAAUCAGUUCAGAUACACGCUCCUUUGCUAUGCUGCAUGUGAGGCUCCUUUGGUCCUUGAAUUGGGAGGAUAUAUUUAUGGACAGAAUUGCAUGUUUGUUGUGAAUGAUUGGCAUGCCAGUCUAGUGCCAGUCCUUCUUGCUGCAAAAUAUAGACCAUAUGGUGUUUAUAAAGACUCACGCAGCAUUCUUGUAAUACAUAAUUUAGCACAUCAGGGUGUAGAGCCUGCAAGCACAUAUCCUGACCUUGGGUUGCCACCUGAAUGGUAUGGAGCUCUGGAGUGGGUAUUCCCUGAAUGGGCAAGGAGGCAUGCCCUUGACAAGGGCGAGGCAGUUAAUUUUUUGAAAGGUGCAGUUGUGACAGCAGAUCGAAUCGUGACUGUCAGUAAGGGUUAUUCAUGGGAGGUCACAACUGCUGAAGGUGGACAGGGCCUCAAUGAGCUCUUAAGCUCCAGAAAGAGUGUAUUAAACGGAAUUGUAAAUGGAAUUGACAUUAAUGAUUGGAACCCUGCCACGGACAAAUGUAUCCCUUGUCAUUAUUCUGUUGAUGACCUCUCUGGAAAAGCCAAAUGUAAAAGUGCAUUGCAGAAGGAGCUGGGUUUACCUAUAAGGCCUGAAGUUCCUCUGAUUGGCUUUAUUGGAAGAUUGGACUAUCAGAAAGGCAUUGAUCUCAUUCAACUUAUCAUACCACAUCUCAUGCGGGACGACGUUCAAUUUGUCAUGCUUGGAUCUGGUGACCCAGAGCUCGAAGACUGGAUGAGAUCUACAGAGUCGAACUUCAAGGAUAAAUUUCGUGGAUGGGUUGGAUUUAGUGUUCCAGUUUCCCACCGAAUAACUGCCGGCUGCGAUAUAUUGUUAAUGCCAUCCAGAUUCGAACCUUGUGGUCUGAAUCAGCUAUAUGCUAUGCAGUAUGGCACAGUUCCUGUUGUCCAUGCAACUGGGGGGCUUAGAGAUACUGUGGAGAAUUUCAACCCUUUCGGUGAGAAUGGAGAACAGGGUACGGGGUGGGCAUUUGCACCCCUAACCACGGAAAACAUGUUGUGGACAUUGCGAACUGCAAUUUCGACAUACAGGGAACACAAGUCUUCCUGGGAAGGGCUCAUGAAGCGAGGCAUGUCAAAAGACUUUACGUGGGACCAUGCCGCUGAACAAUACGAACAAAUCUUCCAGUGGGCCUUCAUCGAUCGACCCUAUGUCAUGUAA